AUGGCUGCCGGAUCGCGGGAGCCGGUCGGAAAAGAAGAUGUGGAGUGGACUGUUACCACCUGGGGUGAAUGAAAGUGAUAUUGAGUUGAGUUCUGAGGAUGAGACCACAGUGAAGAUUUCAGAACUCAGUUCAAAGGAAGAUAAGGGAGAUAAUGUAACUGGAGAAGUCAGGCUCCCUGUUUUCCAUACUGGUGGACCUAAAAAUGGGGCAGAGACAGAUACAAAAAAUGCUGAUGAAGCGUGUCCAUCUGGAGUUCCCCUAAAUAUGUGGAAUAAGUUUCAAGAAUUACAUAAAAAACAUUCUGAACUGAGAACUGUAACAAAUUCUAGAAGCAGAAGGACUAAAAGAAAACGUCCCAGAAAAGAUAAAUUGAAGAAUAAUGAAGAGUCUGGCAGUCAACAAUCUUUAAAUGAAGCCCAGUGGAAGGAGCUUACUCAGUAUUUUGGAAUAAAUGAUAAGUUUGAACCCCUCAUAAGCAAUAGAGAACUUCUAAAGUCUGGCCUUGAAGUGAGCAUCGACAAAUCUGUGGCUGAAGGGGAUAUUGAGAAAGCAGAAGAACUAAGUAAUAGGUUAGCUACUUGGGAGCUUGGAGUAAAAAUUGCCAAAGCUGUUGCUUGCCGUAAUUUUGUAAAGGCUAAAAAAGAUGCUGAAACUUCACAAGAGGCUCAAAAAAAGAAGAAACUUGCAUGGGGGUUUGAAGCAAAGAAGAGAUGGGAAACCAAAAGCAACAUGGGAUAUAUGUAACUAGGCCUUCAUGCUUGAAAAGUGAAAACUUGAUAUUUUACUGCUAACUUUUAUACUAGUUAGGGAAAAUAAACAUUAGAUUAGUAGAGCA